AUGCUCGAAUCGCUCUCGCGGGGACCGACGAACGCCCGGCCGCUCCGCGGAGGGAAGAGCAAGCGGCGUGCGCGCAACGAUCGCUUCGACGAGCUGGAGUUCCUGCGCAGCAAGGUGCAGCAGAUGGAGGAGGAGCUGCGGACGCUGCGCCUGCAGCACCUGGACACAAUGGUGCCCGUGCCGAUGCCUUCGGCUCCCACCACCACGCUGGCAUUCUCUAGUCAAGCGUUUGGCUUCCCGGUACCGCCUCCAGAAGCGCCAGAAACACCACCUAUCUGGGACUUGGCUGCUCGCCAGCAGCGUUGGCGCGAGAAGGCUGUGCGCGAGAGCACGCGGCUGCGGAUGGUGCUGAACACCCAGGCGAGUCUCGCCCGAAGCAUGGAAGUCGAGCUAGGCAAACGCAUUCACCAGCAGUUGAUGGGCCAAAUGUGCCACUCCAAUUGCAUGCCAGAGCUGGAGCGUGGUCCAGACUUUGCGCUAGAAACCGAGACGGCCGAGUCACUUCGGCGCGGAUUGGACAUGGCGUUUGACGAGAUGGACGCCGUGUUCGACGCAAACGGCUUGAGUCGCCUGGAGACUCCGUCCACCGAUGCAAGGAUACAAGAAGGCGCUAGCGGCAUGUACCUCGACAUCUUUGCCAACAAAAUUCUCCCCUUCGACUUCGAGACCGCGACGACGGCGACAUGGAAUCACUACCGAGGGGUGGAGCGACGUCGAGGGAACAUUCACCAGACCUUGACUGAGGGCGAGGAGGAGGAUCCUGACACCGUCAUGGAAGAGGUUGCGAUGAAGUUCACAGGCAAAUCCACCAACGCUGUGUUCCGCGUGAAGCAGGCGCUUCGUCGGUACGUCGAAGAGGAUCGACAGGUCGUGGUGUGGGUCUCCAAGGCUGAAGCGGUGGAGCAACCAACCUCUGCUUACGCAAACUUCUCGUUCGUCGAUAAGGGCUACGUUGUGGUCCGGAGGCCAGCAUUCCCGGAGCUAGAUCAAUCCUCCUCCACAACGCUGCAAAUAUGCUGUCUCAUUUCCCCACAAAUGGCGAGAGGCUGCGUGCUGGACGUGACAACUGCUGGAACAUUCACAGAAUUCGUGUUGAGUGUCAUGGUGGCCAGUAUAACUGCCACACAGGAACUGGUCGAGGGCAUGCUUCUCGAGGAAGCGCAGCAAUUGCUUCAGCAGCGAGGGUAAAUCAAACAUGAGCAUGUUGUUGUUCGGAACUAAUAUUAAUACAUAGUACUACAGUACUAGUACUAAGUAGUAAGAUUUC